AUGACAGCAACAUCACAGCGCGGUAUUAGAAUCGCUAUUGACAGAGGUGGAACUUUCACCGACUGUGUAGGAGAGAGCAAUGGAAAGGAGAUUAUCAUCAAGCUUCUAUCCGAGGACCCGGCCAACUACAAGGAUGCCCCGCUUGAGGGUAUUCGCCGCAUCAUGAGCCACUUCCUCGGUAGAGAUAUUCCUCGAGGUGAAGCUUUGGACACUUCCCAGAUUGACUCGAUCCGGAUGGGAACAACUGUCGCCACAAACGCCUUGCUUGAGAGAAAGGGAGAAAAAAUUGCCAUGGUCGUUACCAAAGGUUUCAAGGAUUGCCUGACCAUCGGAAAUCAGUCGAGGCCCAAGAUCUUUGACCUUGCAAUUCGGAAGCCCGACGUGUUAUAUGAGAAAGUCAUUGAAAUUGACGAGCGGGUUACACUCGAAGAUUACGCCGAAGACCCCGAAAGAACGCAAACAGAGGCAGAAGCUCAAGUUGGUACCAAAGAAGCCGAAGGCAAGACUCUCGUCAGAGGUUUGUCUGGUGAGACAGUCAGAAUUCUCAAAAGAGCCGAACAAGAAGACAUCCGAUCAAAGCUCAAGAGCGUCUAUGAUCAAGGCAUUCGCAGCAUUGCUGUUUGUCUGAUGCAUGGUUACACCUAUCCUGACCAUGAAGCUCUGAUUGGGCGGAUAGCUAAGGAUAUCGGCUUCCAGCAUAUAUCACUAAGCCACGAGCUCAUGCCCAUGAUAAAGCUGGUAUCACGAGCUACAUCUGUCUGUGCCGAUGCUUAUCUCACACCGGCUAUCCGCAAGUACAUUGAUGGCUUCCAGGCUGGGUUUGAAGGCGGCCUCGGAACCCGUAGCGUGAAAGAGGAGAAGGGUGCCAAGGGAGCGAGAUGCGAGUUCAUGCAGAGUGAUGGUGGCCUUGUCGAUGUGGAAAAGUUUACAGGACUCAAGGCAAUUCUAUCCGGCCCUGCAGGAGGUGUCGUGGGAUAUGCUAUCACUUCGUAUGAUGAAGAGACGAAGACACCGGUCAUCGGCUUCGACAUGGGCGGUACAAGUACCGAUGUCUCGAGAUAUGGUGAAGGCCGUUACGAACAUGUGUUCGAGACGACGACUGCUGGUGUUACAAUCCAGUCGCCACAAUUGGACAUUAAUACGGUCGCUGCCGGUGGCGGCUCUCGCCUCUUUUUCAGGAAUGGUCUUUUCGUUGUUGGACCUGAGUCCGCAGGCGCUCACCCGGGUCCCGCGUGUUACCGUAAAGGAGGUCCAGCCACCGUGACAGAUGCAAAUUUGGUCCUUGGCCGCCUACUACCUGAAUUCUUUCCUAAGAUUUUUGGAGAGAAUGAGGACCAGGGGCUGGAUAUCGAGGCCAGCCGAAAGGUUCUUCAGGAGCUUGCAGAUCAAGUGAACCGGGAAAACAACAAAAACUUAACGGUAGACGAAGUUGCAUAUGGCUUCUUGACCGUAGCUAAUGAGACAAUGACUCGCCCCAUCCGGUCGAUUACCGAAGCCAAGGGACACGAUUCUUCAAAACAUCGACUUGCAACGUUUGGUGGUGCUGGUGGUCAGCACGCUGUCGCCAUUGCGGAGUCUUUGGGCAUUCAGCAAAUUCUGGUUCAUCGAUAUUCUUCAGUUCUUUCUGCAUACGGCAUGGCUUUAGCAGAUGUCGUUGACGAACGACAGGAGCCCGACUCCAUGGUAUGGAAGGACGAUGACAGAACAGUUAAUGAACUGAAGAAGAAAAUGGAGAAGCUCAAGGACCAGUCACGAAAGUCCCUGCAAGAUCAAGGCUUCCAAGAAGAUGAAAUUGCUUUUGAAGAAUACCUCAACAUGAGAUACCGUGGCACUGAGUCAGCCCUCAUGAUUGUCAGACCGACCCCCGAGGAGGCCAAGAAGCAUUUUGAUGGGAAAGAAUGGGAUUUUGGCCAAGCUUUUGUGAAGCAGCACCGAUAUGAAUUUGGUUUCACGCUUGACGAGCGAGACAUCAUCGUUGAUGAUGUCCGUGUUCGUGGUAUCGGCAAGAGUUUCCGACACCAAGACGAUACAGUUGACAAGCAACUCAAGGAACUAAAGCAGCAGAUGGUUUCUGACAAGAAGAAGCUUGACAGCCAACAGGUAUACUUUGAGGGUGGUAGGAAGGAAACCCCAAUAUUCAAGCUUGAAGAUCUAGAUACCGGCGAUUCGAUCCCUGGACCAGCCAUGCUUGCCGACGGCACCCAAACCAUCGUUGUAACACCAAAGGCAACCGCGGUUAUUCUCAAGACUCAUGUAGUCAUUAAUCUGGAGAAGGAGGGAGCAAAGUCCGGGUCUACCAAGUCAUCUGAGGAUCGCGAAGUUGAUCCCAUCAUGCUCAGUAUUUUUGGUCAUCGAUUUAUGGCAAUUGCUGAGCAGAUGGGGCGUGCCUUACAAAAGACUAGUGUCAGCACAAAUGUCAAGGAGAGACUUGACUUUUCGUGUGCCAUUUUCGACGCCACAGGCGGCCUUGUAGCCAACGCUCCUCAUCUACCUGUCCAUCUUGGUUCGAUGUCUACUUGUGUACGACGCCAGGCUGAGAUUUGGAAAGGAAGGCUGGAGAAGGGCGAUGUCAUAAUCUCUAAUCACCCUUCAUAUGGAGGAACUCAUCUUCCGGAUGUGACCUUGUUGAUGCCAGCGUUUGAUGAAAAGGGAGAAAACAUCCUCUUCUACGCUGCGUCUCGAGCUCACCAUGCUGAUAUUGGUGGCAUUAGCGCCGGAAGUAUGCCACCUCACUCACGAGAGCUCUACCAAGAGGGCGCCUCUAUCAGAAGUGAGAAGCUUGUGAGUGGUGGCAAGUUCGAUGAGAAACGAGUUGUCGAGUUGUUCUACGAAGAACCCGCCAAGUAUCCAGGCUGCAGUGGAACCCGUUGUCUGGCCGAUAAUAUCAACGAUCUGAGAGCCCAAGUCUCGGCUAACCAAAAGGGAAUCUCACUCAUUGAGACUCUGAUCGCAGAGUAUGGUGAGGAGACAGUGCAGUUCUAUAUGGUCCAUAUCCAGAAUAAUGCUGAGCAGUGUGUGCGCCGCCUACUCAAAGAUGUUUACAAGCGAUUCGAAGGCAGGGAUCUCUCGGCAGUUGACUUUAUGGACGAUGGUUCUCCCAUUCGAUUGAAAAUCCGCAUUGAUCCAGAAAAGGGUGAAGCGGAGUUUGACUUCUCGGGUACUGGCCCCGAAGUCUACGGAAACAUCAACGCCCCCCAGGCAAUCACGUUCAGUGCUAUUAUUUACUGUUUGAGAUGCCUGAUUUCCGAAGACAUCCCACUUAACCAAGGAUGCCUGAAGCCUAUUCAUGUCAAGAUCCCUCCCAAGUCCAUUCUGUCGCCGUCCCCAGGGGCUGCAGUUGUGGGAGGCAAUGUCCUUACCAGUCAACGCAUCACAGAUGUUAUCUUCAAGGCAUUCCAGGCUUGCGCUGCCAGUCAGGGAUGCUGUAACAACUUGACUUUUGGAUUUGGCGGCAACCAAGACGGCACCGAAGCUGUCAAGGGUUUCGGAUACUACGAGACGAUUGCUGGCGGAAGUGGUGCGGGUUCUGACUGGGAGGGAACCAGUGGUGUUCACUGUCAUAUGACAAACACUCGAAUCACGGAUUCGGAGAUUUUCGAACGUCGUUAUCCUGUACUUCUACGUGAGUUCUCUAUUCGGUCCGGUUCAGGAGGGCGAGGCCAACAUCGCGGUGGUGACGGUGUCAUCCGUGACAUUGAGUUCCGGAUCCCCCUUCAAGUAUCAAUCCUCAGUGAACGCCGUGUCUAUCGCCCAUAUGGGCUGAAUGGUGGCGGUGACGGAGAGUGUGGUCUGAACCUGUGGGUGCGCAACGUUGAAAAGGCCAACUGGCAGGCUUCUCUGGAACAGUUUCACACAAAGCAAGAUGCAGGGGAUGCUGAAUACGAGGAGCGACGAAUCAACAUGGGGGCUAAAAACACAGCUGCUAUGAAGGCUGGAGAUCGUAUCAUUAUCUGCACACCUGGAGGAGGUGCAUGGGGAGCUGAGGGGUCUGAAAGUGUGGCUAAGAAGAAGAUUGACCAUACUGAGGGCUGGAGGAAGGGUAGUGGUAACACAAGGGAUGAGACUGCACUCCAGGCUUAG